UGCCGAGCUUGGUGUGACUGGUUGCACCGCCCGCAUGAUUUUUAGGAGCAAGAGGAGGGUGCCGCCGCCGCCGCCGCCAGUUUGGAACCCUGAUGGAGGUAUUGAUUGUAUCCCUGUCUCUUGUUGCCACCGUUGUGCAAUUGCUGUGAGCAGUAAUCCAGCCACCAGCGUUCUUCAAGAUUUGGUGCCAGUGGAGUGAACUAUGGGGAACCAGCUGGCACUGAUGCCUCCUUUCCUGCCCCACUUGCAAGUCCUGCAUGUGGUGGUGGUUGGACUGGAUGCAGCUGGCAAGACGUCUCUGCUGUACCGCCUGAAGUUCCAGGAAUUUAUCAAGAGUGCGCCUACUAAGGGCUUCAAUAUGGAGAAGAUCCGCGUGCCACUGGGGGGCUCCCGCGCCAUCACUUUCCAGGUGUGGGAUGUGGGUGGCCAGGAGAAGCUGCGCCCACUCUGGAAGUCCUACAUGCGCCAUACAGAUGGGGUAGUUUUUGUGGUUGACUCGGCAGAGGCCGAGCGUCUGGAGGAGGCCCGUGUGGAGUUGCACAGGAUUGCCCGUUCCUCAGACAACCAGGGGGUCCCUGUUUUGGUGCUGGCCAACAAACAAGAUGUAUCCCAGGCGCUCUCAGUAGCUGAGCUGGAGAAACUUCUCAGCUUGCAUGAACUAUGCACCUCGGACCUGAGCUACAUCCAGGGCUGCAGUGCGGUCAGUGGACUGGGCCUCCAGCAAGGCCUGGAGAAGCUCUACGAAAUGAUUCUGAAACGGAAGAAGCUCCUUCGCAGCAGCAGGAGGAAGCGCUGAAGAAGAGCAAGGGAAAUCAACAAUGCUGACUUUUGUAGCUGGAUGAAAGUUUACUUUAGGAGCAAUAUAUGAACAAAUACUGGGCAGACUUCACUUUUCUAUGGGGUAUAUUCUGAUCUGUGGACGGUUGCGCAGCAGGGACAGUGUGGUGAGGGCCUCCCCGGACUCUGAAGUGGGUGGGAUUCUGGAGGAGGUGCUCAACAGGGGGAAGAAGGGCAGUUUUCCAAGAGCUGGUGGUGAAGAUGAUGGACUCUUCCAGCAGCACUCUCACGUCAACCAUAACCUGUUUAUAUCUUUUUUUAAAGUGUCAAGGGCCUUUUAUGGUUUCUCUUAAAUUAUUAAACACGUGGGCUGCAAAGCUGGACAAAGCA